UCCUCCCUGUCAAGCACGAUUCACCAAAGUGCAGCAUAUGAUCGCAACGCUCACAAACGUCGUUCAGUGCAACGUGAGAUCUCUCGCGAGCAAGAACUGUUUUCCAAAUUUAUCAUCCGUCGCCGUCGUCGUCAGUAUUUUCAAACAAAGCUCACUGCAAACAAGCGAAGUGAAUCACCACCGCGCGCACCGGUUACUAUGGCACCGAACUGCGUAAUUGAAUUCGACGACAAUCCCCAAGGGAUUUACCACGCAGGACAAACAUUGUCCGGAAAAGUAGAACUCCGACUGGACAAACCCGAGCCUGUCAAUGGUUUCAACUUGAUCGUCUCUGGUUAUGCUGAAGUAGAUUGGAGUGAACGAGAUGACGAGAAAAGCGAAUCAUUCAGCGGAGUUGAAAAACUGUUGCGAAAACACACUACUUUGAUUGCUCCACGUAAAGAAGGCGCGAUCGAGAUACCGGCAGGCAUUCACCGGUACAAGUUUUCGUGUGCGCUUCCAUCGGAUUUGCCUACUUCGUUCGAGGGGAAAUACGGAAAGAUUCGCUACAUCGUAUGUGCCACUCUUGAUCGACCGUGGAAGUUCAACCAGACUUGUAAGGUGGCAUUUACCGUGUUAAAACCACUGGAUCUCAACCGGGAUCCUGUUCUGGGGCAACCGAAGCGUUUGGAAGUGGUAGAAAGAUUUUGCUGCUGGCCCUGCAGAUCACGUCCACUGCAGAUUACCGUAGAAAUACCGGCAUCGGGAUAUGUUCCCGGUCAGAAAAUUCCAGUCACGGUUACACUGAAUAAUGCUAGCAGUAUAACACUACGCGGCGUCAAAUGCAGUCUAGAUCGGACAGAAUACUACAUCAGCGAAACACCGUACCAGAAGUGUAACACAGUAAGCAGAACAUUGGCACACGCGUCUACGACAGUCACUAAUGAUGUGUACUGGCGAACGGUACUACAGCUGGAUAUUCCAUCUGUUGCACCCACUGGCGAAUGCUCCAUUCUGAACAUGAACUACGAGCUGAACAUAAUCAUAAAUGUGGAAAGCUGUCGCAUCGAUCCGAAACUUCAGAUUCCUAUAACUAUCGGGACGGUUCCCUUGGCAACUACGACGUCGAGUUCAUCGCCAUCCGCCAACUACGGUUCAUUUGACGAUUGUCAACCACCGACGGCUCCUUUGUUGGCUAGCACUGACUGGCUUGCAGAUCCUCCUAGUUACCAUGAAGCAGUCCAUGGAGUGCCGGUAAACGUAAACGAAGAUCCACAUGCCAUCGGGUCGCAGACGUAUGUUCCACGGUAUCCGGUGUAUUUUAAAUCUAAAUAACUCCAUUACAGAUGCUGAAGAAUAUUUUACCUUAUAAAGCAAACGUGUCAUUCUCAAAUCAGAACUUUCUGACGUUUAUUACAAAACAUAUUUCAGUUAUUAAAUAAACAUAAUCUCAUAACACCUGAA